GGCUGAUCGUUCGGUAGGGGACGGCGCUCAGUCCGCCCGGACCACUGGCUGCAAGAGAGAGCGAGAGCUACUCUCGGUUCCUUGAGGCUGAUGCUGGUGGGAUGGAUUCCGCUCCGAGGUUCUUUAGCUGGGACGAGAUCAAGUCGUGCCGGGCGCCGGAGCGAUGGCUGGUGAUUGACAGGAAGGUCUACGACAUCAGCCAGUUCCACAAAAGGCAUCCGGGGGGUUCCCGCGUGAUCAGCCAUUAUGCUGGACAAGACGCCACGGAUCCUUUCACAGCAUUCCAUUUGGACAAGAAUCUAGUGAGAAAAUACUUGAAGCCUUUAUUCAUUGGGGAGCUUGCAGCAGAUCAGCCCAGUUUUGAACCCAACAAAAAUAAAGAACUUGUGGAAGACUUCCGUGAGCUCCGUGCCACUGUUGAAAAGAUGGGACUACUGAAUUCCAAUCACCUCUUCUUCCUCCUCUCCUUUCUUCACAUCUUGCUGCUGGAUGUAUUAGCCUGGCUCAAUAUGUGGUAUUUUGGAACAUCCUUGGUGCCAUUCCUCAUCACUGCUUUGCUACUUGGGACUGUCCAGACCCAAGCCGGUUGGCUACAGCAUGAUUUUGGACAUCUUUCUGUCUUUGGCAAGUCUAAAUGGAACCACUGGAUUCACAAAUUUGUGAUUGGACAUUUGAAGGGAGCACCAGCCAGCUGGUGGAAUCACUGGCACUUCCAGCAUCAUGCAAAGCCUAACUGCUUUCGCAAGGAUCCUGAUCUCAACAUGCAUCCUUUGUUAUUUGCCCUGGGAAAGAUACUCUCUGUGGAGCUUGGCAUAAAGAAAAAGAAGUUCAUGCCAUACAAUCACCAGCACAAAUACUUCUUUCUCCUUGGUCCACCAGCUUUGGUGCCUUUCUACCUGCAGUGGUAUGUUUUCUACUUCGUUGUUCGGCGCAAAAAUUGGGUGGAUUUGGCUUGGAUGGUGACCUUCUAUCUUCGGUUUUUCAUAACAUACUCAUUUCUAUUAGAUCUCAAGAGCCUCUUGUGUCUUUUUCUCCUGCUGAGAAUCAUAGAAAGUCACUGGUUUGUCUGGGUGACACAAAUGAACCACAUCCCAAUGGCCAUUGAUUAUGAUAAGAACAUGGACUGGGUUUCAAUGCAGCUUCAGGCAACAUGCAAUGUAAACCAGUCCUUAUUCAACGACUGGUUUACAGGCCACCUCAACUUCCAAAUUGAGCAUCACCUUUUUCCCACCAUGCCUCGACAUAAUUACUGGAAGGUGACCCCCUUGGUGAAGUCCAUUUGUGAAAAGCAUGGCGUUCAGUAUCAAUCUAAGCCUUUAUUCACAGCCUUUGCAGAUGUUGUAUGCUCUCUCAAGGAAUCAGGGCAGCUCUGGUUGGAUGCCUACUUGCACCAGUAGGAGCCAAACACCAUCCCUCAUGGGACAUCCUCGUCACCUCUGCAAUUGAAGAAAGCAAGUGCCUGGUUCAGUUGGAGAAGAUUACCCUUGUGAACUGAAUUCUGAAGCCCGGUGUUACCGCUCCAAACAUUCUCAUCUUUCCCUUUUUAACUUGUGUAUCUACCAUCUCUCCUUUCUGUCUGAGGACCUGAAAGUUUGUUCAAAAAUACAUAUUCUUCAGCCUUCAGGACCAGAAAGCAACACCAGGAAAGGCCUUCACUGCCACUUCACUAAACUUGGUGUUUAGCAAAAAACAACAGCAACCCACUACCUUAGUUGCCUAUUCAUUAUGGAGCACAAGAGCCUAUUUUGUGGAAGCAGUUGAAAGGAGAGAACCUGGAAAGAGAAAUUCAGGCGCUGGGAAUAGAAACUCCUGGUAGGGGAAAUUCAAACUGGGCCAUAGCUUAGCACUGUAGAAGUUUGGAGAAGGAAGAAACAAAGGAGAGGCUGAGAGCCUUGAUCGAAAUAAAUCAGUCAGUUCCUGGAUGUAAUUCACAAGUACUAGAUAAUAGUUAGGCAAGCUUUUCUAUGGGGAGGAAAAGAGGAUUAUCUUUUGUGCCACAACUCCCUGACAUUCCUGGAUGUACUUUACUUAAAAGGAUAAAGAAUAUAAUAUAAUUAUCCACUUGCCUCUUCUAUAAGUGUAUAAGACAAAUUAGUGAAAGGAGACUAAUGAAUGUUGAUGGACUUAUUAUUAAUUAUUAGUGCAAGUAAUUGCUGUUUAUUCUUUGG